AUGCCUAGCUCAACGUCAAAGUCUAAGCCGAAGGCUUCUGAAGUGGCCGCCGACACGCGCCGCAACUACAUCCCGCUCAUCAAGAACAGCUACGCCCACAUCUACAAGACGAGUUCGAUCCUCUUCCCACAGCCUCUCGUCGAACUCUCGCUGGAGGGCUUCGGCCGUCCCUUUGGGCGCGUGCCCGUUUUCUAUGUCCGCGACGGCGAUCCGGCCUCGGUAGCCAUGGACUGGGCCAGCCACAUGUCCAGCGACGCCGGCGAGCCCGUGGUCGUGCCGUUCAUCUGCUCCGCAAACGACAAGCGCCCCGGUGGUGACUGGGAGACGGGCGUGAACGGCAGCGAAGAGCGCCUGUGCCGCCGGAGCACGUUGUCGGCCACGCUGGCCACACCGGAGCCCGGUUCGGCCGGCAGCUACAGCCAGACCAACUACCCGAUCCCCAUCGAGGGCGGCAUCCUGUCGGACGAGGUAGUCAUCUUCCGUGCCCCGCACGACCGCUACGAGAAGCUCCCGCCCACCGAGUGGGGUGUACUGCCCGUCUGCUCGGUGCCACCGGUGCGGUGGCCCAAGCUGACGCAGAUGGGCACCAAGUACUCCUUUGCCGAAGAACGCGACAUGGUCAAGCGCAAGCUGCGUGCCGCCCUGUACAUCUGCGUGGCCCGCGGCUACACGUCCGUUGUCGUUGGCGACUUCGGGCUCGGCAAUGGCUACCGGAACCCGCCCCAGGAGAUUGCCGAGCUGUGGCGCGAAGUCAUUCUGUGGGACGCCGACCUCCGGGGCCGCCUCGAGGCGGUGGCCUUUGUCUUUGAUGAUACGCGACAGAGCACCCACCAGCUCAUUCUCGACGACCUUUCCAAAAAGAGCCGGCACGGCAAGGCGUCGUCUUCCAAGGGAUCGUCCUCAUCGUCUUCCAAUUCCUCGUCCUCCUCACCCGCCGAUUUUGACAUCUUCCAGUACGUCUUCAGCAGCGACGAGAUCGAACGUGCUGUGUCGCAGCCCGAUCCACGGUAUGACCUCGAGACGUUGAUGAGCCCAAUGUAA